ACUCAUCCUCCUGUUUUUAUCCCCUGGCUCCCCUCCUCCUCCUGUCUCCCCCUCCCUCCCUCCCUCGCCGUGUGACGCACAGCCGUCACACUCAGCUGCUGAGGCUGAGGCUUCUUCCCGGCGGAUCCUCCAUGUAAGGAUGCGCAGCGGGAAGUGAUGCUGCAGGCGCACCAAAGACAGACAGACUGAAGAGGAGAACCAAACACCGGGGGUGGGGGGGAUCUUUUAAUUUCCCCUUUAUUUUCUUGAAUGGAUUCAUUUUGUGUGUUUGAUCGGGUCUGAGUUGUUGAGGAGCCAGGUGUGUGUCUGCAGCCACACAGAUCUCCAGCGUUUCCGCUCACACCUGCGACAUGGCGGGGGCUUCGGUGAAGGUGGCCGUGAGGGUCCGGCCCUUCAACUCCAGGGAGAUAGGGAAGGAGAGCAAGUGCAUCAUCCAGAUGUCUGGAAACACAACCACUAUCCUGAACCCAAAACAGCCGAAAGAAAACAAGAGCUUCAACUUUGACUACUCUUACUGGUCACACACCUCGCCCGAGGACAUCAACUACGCGUCUCAGAUGCAAGUGUACAAAGACAUCGGCGAGGAGAUGCUGCUUCAUGCCUUCGAAGGCUACAACGUGUGCAUCUUUGCGUACGGCCAGACGGGAGCGGGCAAAAGCUACACCAUGAUGGGGCGGCAGGAAAAAGACCAGCAGGGGAUCAUACCUUUGCUGUGUGAGGAUCUUUUCACCAAGAUUAACGACAGCAACAACGACAACAGCAUGUCUUAUUCCGUGGAGGUGAGUUACAUGGAGAUCUACUGUGAGCGUGUGCGUGACCUGCUGAACCCCAAAAACAAGGGGAACCUGCGCGUCCGAGAGCACCCGCUGCUGGGACCCUACGUGGAGGACCUGUCCAAGCUGGCCGUCACCUCCUACAACGACAUUCAGGACCUGAUGGAUUCUGGAAACAAGGCCAGGACCGUGGCUGCCACCAACAUGAACGAGACCAGCAGUCGCUCCCACGCCGUCUUCAACAUCAUCUUCACACAGAAGAAACACGACAUGGAGACGGAAAACACGUCAGAAAAGGUCAGCAAGAUAAGUCUGGUUGAUUUAGCCGGCAGCGAGAGGGCCGACUCAACCGGUGCUAAAGGGACGAGACUGAAGGAAGGAGCAAACAUCAACAAAUCUCUUACCACACUUGGGAAAGUUAUUUCUGCUUUAGCUGAAGUGGACUCUGCACCUAAUAAGAAUAAGAAAAAGAAGAAGGUGGAGAGUUUUAUUCCCUACAGAGAUUCAGUUCUGACCUGGCUUCUGAGGGAGAACUUAGGAGGAAACUCGCGCACAGCCAUGGUGGCAGCUCUCAGCCCCGCAGAUAUUAACUACGAUGAAACCCUCAGCACUCUGCGGUACGCCGAUCGAGCGAAACAGAUCCGCUGUAACGCCGUGAUCAACGAGGACCCCAACAACCGGCUGGUCCGCGAGCUGAAAGAGGAGGUGGCUCGCCUCAAAGACCUGCUGUACGCGCAGGGACUCGGAGACAUCAUAGAGAACCUGUGCGAUUACAAGAACUUUGCCAAUAAUCGCCAGGCUGUCAMUGAAAGGGGUGAUCUCUCCACAGUGACCAAUGCCAUGACGGGGAUGAGCCCCUCCCCUUCGCUCUCUGCCCUGUCCAGCCGGGCCGCCUCCAUCAGCAACCUCCACGACCGCAUCUUCAGCCCGGCCAGCGAGGAGGCGAUCGAACGGCUCAAGGAAACAGAGAAGAUCAUYGCAGAGCUCAAUGAGACGUGGGAGGAGAAGCUGCGUCGCACCGAAGCUAUCCGCAUGGAGAGAGAGGCUCUGUUGGCAGAGAUGGGUGUUGCCAUGAGGGAGGAUGGAGGCACCGUUGGAGUGUUUUCCCCCAAAAAGACCCCUCAUCUGGUGAACCUCAAUGAGGACCCUCUGAUGUCCGAGUGUCUGCUGUACUAUAUCAAAGAUGGCAUCACCAAAGUUGGGCGUGAAAAUGCCAGGACUCGUCAGGACAUCGUUCUCAGCGGCCACUUCAUUAGAGACGAGCACUGCACCUUCAGCAGCACCACCGGCCCCCAGGGAGAAGGUUGUGUUGUUCUUGAGCCAUGUGAGGGAGCAGAGACGUAUGUCAACGGGAAACGAGUCACCUCGCCCACUGUUCUGCGGUCCGGAAACCGCAUCAUCAUGGGGAAGAGCCACGUGUUCCGGUUCAACGACCCAGAGCAGGCCCGUCUGGAGCGGGAGAGGACGCCAUGCGCGGAGACGCCGGUGGAACCCGUCGACUGGGCCUUCGCUCAGAGGGAGCUGCUCGAGAAACAAGGAAUCGACAUGAAGCAGGAGAUGGAGCAGAGGCUUCAGGAGCUUGAAGAUCAGUAUCGUAAAGAAAGAGAAGAAGCCAGCAACCUGCUUGAGCAGCAGAGGCUGGAUUAUGAGAGCAAACUGGAAGCCCUUCAGAGACAAGUGGACUCUCGUUAUCUGGAGUCACCUGAGGAAGAGGAGGAGCCUGAGGAGGAAGUGCCGUGGACGAAGCGUGAGACCGAGCUGGCUCUGUGGGCUUUCAGAAAGUGGCGUUUCUAUCAGUUCACGUCGCUCAGGGAUCUGCUGUGGGGCAACGCCAUUUUCCUCAAAGAGGCAAAYGCUAUCAGUGUGGAGCUGAAGAAAAAGGUGCAGUUCCAGUUCGUCCUGUUGACAGACACGCUUUACUCUCCACUUCCACCUGACCUGCUGCCGCCCAGCGUGGCUAAAGAGCGAGAGCGACGACCCUUCCCUCAAACCAUCGUAGCUGUUGAAGUGCAGGAUCAGAAGAACGGGGCCACACAUUACUGGACUCUGGAGAAACUCAGGCAGAGGCUGGACCUGAUGAGGGAGAUGUACGACCGAGCUGCAGAGCUUCCCAGCAGUGCUGUGGAGGACUGCGACCACGCCCUGACCGGAGGAGACCCGUUCUACGACCGCUUCCCGUGGUUCCGUCUGGUUGGCAGGGCUUUUGUUUACCUGAGUAACCUGCUGUACCCGGUGCCCCUGGUGCACCGCGUGGCCAUCGUCAGUGAGAAGGGAGAGAUCAAAGGUUUCCUCAGGGUGGCUGUUCAGGCCAUCUCAG